AUGCAAACAUUAGAAACUACAUCAAAAUCAAAUCCAGGGGAAGUCAAAGCACAGAAGCCUAGUACAAGAAGAACAAAAGUUGGAAAAGCUUGUGAUAGCUGUAGAAGGAGGAAAAUAAAAUGUAAUGGGCUAAAACCUUGUCCAUCUUGUACAAUCUAUGGCUGUGAAUGUACAUAUACUGAUGCAAAAUCGACAAAAAAUCUCAAAUCAAAUGAUGCAGGUAAAUCAAAACCAACAGGGAGAGUAUCAAAGAAUAAAGAAACUACUAGAGUCGACAAAGAUAUUAGGAAAUUAGAGCAGCAGUAUGUCCCUAUUAAUGCUAAUAUUCAUGUUGGUCCCAGGUUCCCCUCCGAGAAUAUAUUGAAUGGAUAUCCACAAUGUGGAGCACCACAGAACAAUGUUGUGGGUAAUCCACUAGCGGUUAAUACUCAAUGCCAUAGAGGUCUUUCUGAAACUCCUAUGUCCUCAACAUUCAAAGAAUCUAACUUAAGAGAUGAUCGGCUACUACAGUCAUCAGAUACAGAUGAUAUGAGGAAUGGUGACUCGGAAGAAAGGGACUUGAAAGGGAGUGACAGCGAGAAUGUCAAAAGUAAAGACAAUAAAAGUGAUCCUUUGAUUAUAUACAAAGAUGAUACACAUAUUGAAAGCACGGUUAAUAAACUAACACAGGCAGUUAAUGAACUCAAAUCACUUCAAAAUGCACCCAGUUCGAUAAAAUCAUCCAUUGACGCCAUUGAGUUACAACUUAGAAACAUUUUAGACAACUGGAAACCAGAGGUAGAUUUCGAGAAAGCAAAGAUUAAUGAAAGUGCCACCACUAAGUCACUUGAAACAAACUUGCUGAGGAAUAAAUACACUAAUCACGUUCAUUUAACAAGAUUUAGGAUAUGGAUAGAUUAUAAAAAUGCGAACAAAAACAAUCAUUUUAUGGGAGAGUGUGGAUUUAGUCUUGCAGAAUCUUUUUUUGCUUCUAAUCAGCCAUUGGUCGAUGAAUUGUUUGGGUUGUAUUCCCAGGUAGAGGCCUUUUCUUUGCAAGGUCUUGGUUACUGUGUUCACCUUUAUGAGCCAUAUAUGAAAACUGAGGAAGCGAUAAAACUGAUGAAAGAGACCUUAUAUAUUAUACUACGGUUUAUUGAUAUAUGUGUUCACCAUAUCAAUGAAGAGUCGAUAUCGAUUGCCAACCCGUUAGAAACAUAUUUACGAAAAAAACAUCUAAUGCCUAUGACUCCUACACCAAGGUCGUCCUAUGGAAGUCCACAAAGUGCUAGUACAAAGAGCUUGGUAAGUAAGAUAAUAGAGAGAAUACCGCAACCGUUUAUUGAGAGUGUAACUAAUGUGUCGAGUCUUCAACUAUUAGAUCUUCGAGAUGACGAGUCAAAAAUGUUUGGAACAUUGCUGAACAUGUGUAAGUCUAUAAGGCGAAAAUUUGACUCUGUUAUGAGCGAUUACGAUUCCAUUGUCACAGAAAAAUCCGAAGGCGAACAAAAUGAUGGUAAAGUAACUGUAGCUGAGUUCACAUCUUUGUGUGAAGCGGAAGAAAUGCUCUUAGCAUUAUGCUAUAACUAUUAUAAUCUGACGUUAUACAGUUUCUUUGAAUUUGGGACUAAUAUUGAAUACAUGGAACAUCUGUUGCUUCUUCUUGAAGAACAGCUUGCUCUCGACGAAUACUAUGGUUUUGAAAAGGUCUUGAAUGUAGCUGUUGCAAAUGCUAAAAAAAUGGGUUUCCACCGUUGGGAGUUUUACGUCGGCUAUGAAGAGUCGACUGCUGAAAAGAGGCGGCUACUAUGGUGGAAGUUAUACAAUUAUGAAAAAGCCAGUACUAUGAAGAAGGGUUUUUUUUCUGUGAUUGAUGAUGCUACUGUCAACUGUUUAUUACCUAAGAUUUUUAGAAACUUUGGCUAUCUGGAUAGGGUGGAGUUUCUAGAAAAUAUUCAAAAGCCAAUGGAUCUUAGUGUGUUUUCCGAUGUUCCAAUUUCUGUCCUUUGUAAAUACGGUGAGUUGGCCCUUACAAUAGUUACCAGUGAGUUUCAUGAAAAAUUUUUAUAUGCUGAUAGAUACACUUCUAUUCGAAAUUCCGCGAAACCGCCGACAUUAAAAAACCAAUUAAUUAAGGAAAUUGUGGAUGGUAUAGCUUAUACAGAGACAUCAUAUGAGGCAAUCAGAAAGCAAACUGCAAAACUAUGGGAUAUUGCAUUAGGUAAGGUGACCAAAGAUAAAAUCAAUAAAGAAGAUACAGCAGCAGCUAGCAAAUUUACUUUGAGUUAUGAAUAUCACAGAUUCAGGCUAAUCAAUAUGGCAGACAAUUUAAUUGCUAGACUAAUGGUGAAACCAAAAUCAGAUUGGCUAAUAUCAGUCAUGAAGGGGCAUCUUAACAGACUAUAUGAGCACUGGAAAGUAAUGAAUGAAAUUAUCCUAAGUAUGGACAACGAUUAUUCAAUUGCAACAACGUUCGAAUAUUAUGCACCAUCAUGUCUGUGUUUAGCUACGCAGACUUUCCUUAUUGUGAGGAAUAUGGAAAUGGAUGAUGUCAAGAUGAUGGUUGCAGUAUAUAAAAGAUUUCUUAACCUAGGAAUGUUUUUGCAGAGUGCCAAAGUAUGCAGCCUUGCCGAUAGUCAUACAUUCAGAGAUUUUUCUAGAUCUUUUUCCUUUAUUACGAUAAUUUCAAGAUUGAUGAUAAUCGAAUUUAUGCAAAUUAAAGAAUUGACGAAGGUAGAGUUUAUUGAGAAGUUUUCUGAAGUAUGCCCUGACCUUGCAGAUCUACCUCCGAUGCUUCUAGAUCCAAACUCUUGCUUAUAUUUUUCAUUGUUACAGCAGAUUAAGAAAUCUGGUUUUACGUUGUCAUUCAAAAAAAUUCUUGAAGACGCUAGAAUGAUGGACUUCAAUUACGACCGCAAUUUGGACUCAGAGGCCAUUAAAAAGUGCAAUGGUGAAUUUAGCAAGUCAAUGCCUUCCUGUACCAAUGUCUCAGAUACCACCACCGCUGUUUCUGACAAUAGUGCUAAGAAGAAAGCUUCAAUGGGGUCGGCGAGGGUAAAUUCAACUGAUACACUAACUGCAUCUCCCUUAUCGGGCUUAAGGAAUCAAACGCAGUUGGAUUCUAAAGACAGUGUUCCAUCUCUCGAGGCUUAUACACCAAUUGAUUCUGUCUCUGACGUGCCCACUGGGGAGAUCAACGUUCCAUUCCCUCCUGUUUAUAAUCAAAAUGGAUUGGAUCAGCAAACCACUUAUAAUUUGGGAACUUUAGAUGAGUUUGUUAACAAGGGAGAUUUGAAUGAACUCUAUAAUAGCCUAUGGGGUGACCUAUUUUCUGAUGUUUACUUGUGA